CUUUCUUCGGAGAUCGCUGAUCAGAAAUUUUGAUUUCGUUUUUGCUCAUCUUCUCCGAUAUCGUUAGAAAAAAUGCGACACAAUUGUUGCCAUGUCUCGUUCGCUUCCAUUCUCAAGAUCCUCAAUUUUCUCCAAGCUUUCAUCGGUAUCUCUAUCAUAAUCUACUCGAUUUGGAUGCUCGAUCAAUAUAAUCAUCACGUUCCCGUUGAUCCUCCUCCGUCUCAGCCUCCGGCGGCUUCAUCUCCGGAUUCUUCUUCUUAUUCAAGAAUUGAGAUCAACAGUGUUUCUGAUUCUUUGAAGAAUCCGAUCAAUCUCGUAUCGGGUAUCGUUCUCGGAGACUCGGGUUUCAAUCUCCGUUCUUUAGAUCUUCCUGCUCCAUGGUUUAUCUACUCUUUCAUGGCCAUUGGGAUUUUGGUCUGCAUUGUCACUAUCAUCGGUUUCAUUGCAGCUGAAGCUAUCAAUGGAUGUUGCUUGUGUUUCUAUUCAAUUCUCAAAACUCUUCUGAUCAUACUCGAAGCAGCUCUUGUGGGAUACAUAGCGAUUGACCGUCACUGGGAAAAGGAUCUUCCUUAUGAUCCAACUGGAGAACUCAACAGCCUUCGAGCUUUCAUUGAAGAAAACAUCGAUAUUUGCAAAUGGGUCGGGAUUGUUGUGGUAGCGAUCCAGUUACUGUCAUUGCUACUGGCUUUGGUUUUGAGAGCUAUGGUUUCACCCCGGCAAUCAGAGCUUGAUGAUGAGGAUGAUUUUGAGAAUCCGAUGAGUAGAGCAAGAGAGAAUCUUCUUGGUCCACAGGCUAACCAGACAUCUUCUGGAUCAAGCAAUAUUGACAAUUGGAGGUCCCGAAUCAGAGAGAAGUACGGAUUGAUCAACGGUCAGAGCCAGAAUCCAUCAGCUUAACUCAAAAGACUGAGUUCCAACGGUGUCUAGAAUCAGUACUUUGGUUUUGUUCAUCUCUCUCUCAACUUUCAAGUGUGCAUAGAUAUUACACAACUAUGUUAUCGUUUGAUGCUUUUUUUGAAACUCUGUUUAGAUCGCAACAUAGCUUUCAUUUCGGUGUGUCUGUGUACAAAAGAGUAACGAGAUGUG